AAGCUUGAAAACAGAGAGAGCAUCUAUAGAAUUUAAGUCCUCAGCUCAAGCUCUCUGUGUUUAAAGUUGAAUUUUUUGGACCUUUUUUUUCUUCUUUUUUCUUUCUCUUGCUGGAACCAAGAUGGAUUCUGACGCUGGAUCCACCUGCAGCCGCUCCUCAUCCCCAGACCUGGUGGUGGAUGACUCAGCUGGGAACUUCUUCUCCAACAAGAUGUUCCAGACUUACUGUCACGAGAACAGAGCAGACAGCGAGGCCGGCCAGGGAAGGACGGAGCACUGCGGCGAGGGCGGCAAGAACAAGACCAGGUCUGAACUCAGCAAGGAAGAGGUGCAGGACCUGAGGCUGAAAGUCAACAGUCGAGAGAGGAAAAGGAUGCAUGAUCUGAACCAGGCGAUGGACGGCCUGAGAGAGGUCAUGCCCUACGCUCACGGCCCCUCCGUCCGCAAGCUGUCAAAAAUCUCCACCCUGCUGUUAGCCCGCAACUACAUCCUCAUGCUGUCCAGUUCUUUGGAGGAGAUGAAGAAACUAGUGGGGGAUGUUUAUGGAGGCAGCGCUGCCGUCCAGAGCCGCACCGCUGCCCACCCUGCCAUCACCCCGACAGCCCCCACAGCCCACCUCCCUCUGCACCCUCUGGCCCAGUCCCUGCACUCUCUGGUGGGCAGCACGCCCUCCACUCUCCAGCAUCACUCAUCUUCUUCAGCACCAGCCCCGCACUCCCCUCCAUCCGCCAGCUUCCUGGGUUUUCAUGCUCCGGUCCAGGGCCUUCUGAAGGACCCCCUCCACCUGACCAGCUCCUACAGGCACUUCCCCGGCAUGCCCUGCCCCUGCUCGCUCUGCCAGCCUCUGCCCACCACUACCUCCACAUUACACGGCCUGUCUAUGAACAAGUGAGCGGGGCUCUCUUCGAACUGACCUCUGCUGUUUGAACUGAACAGCUCAGAGAAUAUUGUUAAACAAACUGCUAAAAAAAAAUAAUGGCUGGUGCCACAAUUUGUAUAUAAUGUAUAUAUAUCCUCUGCCAUGCAAACUGCUGCUAUUUUUUUUAUCAUUUGUCUCUUGAUACAGAAAUAUUUUAAAUGCACGAGGGAUUUUAUCAGUGGA